GAAUUUCACGAACAUCCCACGUUCCUCUGCUCCUCUGCUCCUCUGCUCCUCGCAAAUGGUCGCGGUAGUCCGACAGGCCGCCACAGCCUCGAUAUAAAUACCAGCCUUAGCAUCCACCGAGCCGGUCUCGGGGCGAAGCGCAGUAUGGCCCCCGGUCUUCCCGCCGAGGAGAGCAAGCUCAACUACGCGGCACACAUCAGAUACUGGCGGCGCAAUUUGAAGACGUUCCUGCCGCACCACUACACUGGCAAUGACUCCAACCGCAUGAUGCUUGCUCUUUUUAUUCUGUCCGCUCUGGAUAUACUCGGUGACCUGCAGGGAGCACUCUCAGCCGAAGAACGCCAAGGCUACAUAGACUGGGUCUAUCAUUGCCAACUCCCAGAGGGCGGUUUCCGACCUUCUCCUGCAACAGAUUUCGGGCCUGCUCGGAAUGACGAAAACAAAGUCUGGGAUCCAGCUCAUGUGCCGGCUACUUUCUUUGCUCUCCUUAUACUCACCAUCCUCGGCGACGACCUGGAACGGGUGAAGAGAAGGGCGAUAUUGGCCUGGUUGCGCACAGUGCAAAGACCGGAUGGAAGUUUCGGAGAAACGGUGGGGGAGGGGGGCCGGGUGGAAGGGGGCAAUGACUCCAGAUUCGGUUACAUGGCCACCGCCAUCCGGUGGAUCCUUCGGGGUAACAUUGAAGGGCCAUUGGGCAGGGUGCCUGAUAUUGAUGUCGACAACUUCAUCGAUUGCAUACGGAAGGCCGAAACCUAUGAUGGCGGCUUAUCCGAAUCGCCUUAUCAUGAAGGGCAUGCCGGAUUUGCCUGCUGCGCCGUCCAUGCUCUGUCAUUCCUUGACCGUCUACCGGUCGACAAACCUGAUGGGCGCUUACGCGGCAUCACGAACUUGCCGUUGACUCUGCACUGGCUAGCGUCAAGGCAAACCCUUACGCUCGAUGAUGAGGACUCGAUUGACACAUUGGGAGACGAGAGCGACUCAGCAGCCACGUGUCACGACGCACAUUCUUUUCUCAAGCUAGGCAGCUAUCCGUCUUCAGCUGGGGAGCAGUCGUUCAAGGAUCAGCCUACAUCACAUUUCGAGCUCCAAUGGGUGGGGGUGAACGGCAGACCGAACAAGAUAGGGGAUACAUGCUAUAGCUACUGGGCGUGUGCUCCACUCAAAGUCCUUGGUUACCUCGACAUCGUUGAUGGCAAGCCAAUUCGACGAUGGCUACUUGACAGGAUGCAGCACCUGGUAGGAGGAUUUGGAAAGCUACCUGGAGACCAUCCCGACAUAUAUCACUCAUUCCUCGGCCUGGUAGUUCUAUCCAUCUUCGGGGAAACCGGGCUGCAAGACGUUGACGCCGCGCUCUGCAUCACCAAUCGAGCGAAACGACAGCUUGAAUCACUACCCUGGAGAAGGAAGAUCCUUGGUCUCGACGGCGUUCAGAAUAGUGAUUGGGCUCAAGAUGGUGGCAUAGCCUCAGUAGCAGGUUAUGCCUCGAUCAGUGGGGGUUAACAAGACGGAUGAUUAUAUAAAUUAUAGAUAUGUUGUAUGUACCAUGGUACGACUGAAUAAACGUAGAUACGAUACCCAGG